UGGGAUGCCGUCACGCCCAGAAUCCUUUCUGUUUCAAGAUGGCGGCCGCUGCCUAUUUCCGGUAAGGCCGGGGGAGAGGGAGCUGCUUGGCCGGGAGCUGGCAGGAGAAAAUACACAAAAAGGUUGCUGCUGUAAAGUUGGAGGCGCCGCCCCUUCACAUCCCCCUGUUCCAGCCUGAAGAAAGCGCAGGGCUGAAGGACAGCUGCCCCACCAGCCACGGUUGGAGCCAUGGCCGCAGUGGUGGCCAAACGGGAAGGCCCCCAGUUCAUCAGCGAAGCAGCCGUCCGUGGGAACGCGGCCAUCCUGGAUUAUUGCAGGACGUCAGUCUCUGCCCUCUCAGGAGCGACCGCUGGCAUUCUUGGCCUGAACGGCCUGCACGGCUUCAUCUUCUACUUCCUGGCCUCCAUCUUACUCUCGGUGCUUUUGGUGUUAAAAGCUGGACGGCGGUGGAACAAGUACUUUAAAUCCCGAAGGCCUCUCUUUACUGGGGGACUGAUUGGGGGGUUAUUCACAUACAUCCUCUUCUGGACUUUCCUCUAUGGCAUGGUGCACGUUUACUAGGAGGAAGAGAACCUCCAGCCAGAACGGUUCUGAGGAGGGUGGCCCACACGGGCACCUCCUCCCCGAUGCCAUAGAACUGGGGAUGCUGGCCCACUGCUUGCGCUGCUCACACGCUCCCUAACUUAUGUCAGAAAGCGAGCCUGUAGAAUCCUGCUAAUUAAACAGAAUGUGAAACCCCAAGAGCCUUUAAAAUGACAUGUAAAUAGCCCACCCUCCAGAGGACGUUCCCUUCUUCCUGUUUUAUCCCUCGGCCUCAUCUUUAUGCGAUUGCUGCCUUUCCCAAGGCGGCUAGAAUUCUGUUCCAAUGUCCUUAGCUGGCCUUUGGAGGCCUCGAUUGCCAUGUAACAAGAAGUACUAUUUUGAAAGAUUCUCGGUAAAUGUUCAGUGCUUGAACAGUUUCAUAUGCACUCCCAUUGAAAGACUUCAGAAGGAAAAAACAGUAUUCGCGUCCUCGUUGCAGACAGGCUUAAGGUGGGGAGGGCUGCUUGGCCUGAAGUUACUUAUUUCCAAGUAAACAUUUGCAGUGAGUCCAAGGGAACCCUAACCCUAACGCCCGUGGAGACCCAGAUUUCUCAUCCCUGCUCAAGGUAGUACAUGUAGGAUUGCAGCCUUAGCAAAUUCAGGAAUGAAAUAAGAGCUCUGAAAGACGGCGGCUCACGGCCUGCCCUUUUAACCUUCAUGCCAUGAUAGCUCUGAAGUUAUGGCUCUGAGUGUCUCUCCUCUGAACUCAAGCAGGAGCUGAAUUGCCCUUCCAGCUGCUCUGUCUUGGUAAGCCCCAGGAAGCAGACUAUAACAUCUGGUCCUCUUCUUGGACUUGAAACUGGGCGUUGGGGGGUGAGAGAGUUGCUUUAUUGACUUUGUGAGCCCCUCAAAUGCUGUCUUCUGUUGGAAACAAGGUGCUAGGUUAGAUCAGUAACAGAUAUCCUGUAACUGAGGCCAGAAAGACAAACCAGCUCUUAGGUGUGUUGUUCUUUACUAUCAUCCUACAUUUUUCCCCCUCACAGAAGAGCUCAAACUUGGUUAAGUGUUCUUACUUGUCCCAUGAGUCCCUCUUCCCCUAUUUACAUGUUCUGUCUCAACUAAAAAAAGUCAUUCCAGAUUUUUUCGCUUCUCAGCAGUCCUCUGGCUAUAGUUACAUCUCAGUCAUGCUUGAUGUGUCACAAUGUUUCUUUUUGUUCUUUUUUUGAAAUUUGGGGAGGAGGGCUUCUAAAUUAACCCCCAUCUAUUUCUCUGUAUGCAGCUUUCUCCUCCAUGCGGGGAUUUCUGGAUGAAGGUACCAAGGCAGUGGGAAAUGCACGGAGUUCAGACUCUCAUGCGGGGAAAAUGUGUAGUGCAAAGCUGUUUUUCCUGGGCACCUAAAGCAGGAUGGAGAAGUGGGUUGGGGUUUUUUUGUUUUUAUUUGGUUUUUUGGUCUGUUUGCUUUUUUCCUAACGAAUUUUAUUAAAAGGCCUAAACAAAAACUUACGCUUUUUAAUUAAAAAUGUUAGUUGGAAAAGGUGCUACCAGAUUCCAGAUUUUUUACCCUUAAAAGAGGAGCAGAUGAAUCUUUGCAGCCCGAGUUCAAUGAAUGGCUGCUAGUCACCACAGUGACAUGAAACAGACUUAAGGAUUAUUUGUCCAGAAGAAUCAGGUAAACAACAGACGAAGAUGUUGCAUUCUUGCACCAGGCUUAAUGGAGGAUUCUGGCUGGCCAUGGUGACAAAUAGGCUGUUAAACUGAUCUUUCAACAGAUCAAGCUCCUUUUUAGGGGACGGCAAUGUGACACAGAAACAACCACAACGUUUCAGACACUUCCUUUUAUUUCACAAUAGUUCUGUGUUCAAGUUGCAUCAGUGUCAGUUGCGUCCAAGCCAUUUGUCUUGAAUCACAGCAGUCCUUCACAUUGGCAAAGACAACAUACUGUAGUCCAGCUGUCCUAAAUACACAGCAAGUGCUUUUUUGUGCUCGGUUUUACAAAGUCCACUCUGGAGACAAACGGAGGUAGCGUCUGUGAUCUUUAAAAAAUCAAAGUCUGUCUUUCGGGCAGAAGCAGCUGCUGGAUCCAAUGCUUCUUCACCCCUACCUUUGUAAAAUAAAUCAAGGGAAGAUAUUCUCUCCCUGUAAA